UACAACACAGGAAGUGCCGGUUGGAAAGAAAUUUCCUUCUUUGGAUCUUUGUUGGUACUUAGGCGCCUCUUAGACAGCUGAGAAUGGCAAACAAUAAAACUAAAAUUGAUAUGGGUCAUGGUUUCAUGAAAAGUAUAAUCCGAAAUCAAGUGGACAGGGAUAAUUAUGAUAAAGAAGUAAAGUCAAAGAAACAAGAAAAACCAAAAUUUAACCAAAGACCAAAGAAACCUAAUAUUGAUGUGUAUGUACCACCUACUAGACAGAAGAAAGAUGAAAAAAAUGAGCUGUUUCAGUUAGAGUUUGAAGAUAAAGAAGGAGAUAUAUUGACCUUUAUUGUUUACCAAGACGAUAAGCCUCAUUUUGUGGCCAGAAAAAUAGGGAAUGAGAAGCAGCUGACACAACCGUUUAUUGAGGCUCUGGAGGAAAGAAUAAAGCAAGAAAUGGAAAAGCUUAAAAAUGAACAGACCUGAUCGCUUCAUAAAUUUCAACCCAGAAAUUUUUACUAGAAGUGAAGGCAUCCAAUUUAUGCUGUGCUUUACCUUGAUUUAGCCAGUGUUUUGUGUUGCUUGUCGUAAAGUAAUUUUGGCCUGGUGCCAGAUGGAAUAGGGACCAUUGUUAUUUCUUCCAUGUUGUAUCAUCACUAUGAAUAGAACCAAGCACAUCAGACAUCUUCAUGAUAUUUAAGCACAUCUUAUUAUCUGCAUAACAAACUGGAGAAAUAAUGCUUUGUAGUUUCUUAGUGAUAUACCUUCUGUUUCAUUGGAAAAGAAUAUAUUUGGAUUGGUAUCAGUGAAAAUAAUUAUUAAUUUCAGUGUUGUUUGAAUUCAGUGUAAUGUGAGAAAAUAGACAGCAAAAGGGAAAUGGUAGAAAAUAAAAAGUACAACCCA